AUGGAGCCCAACAUGGAAGAAGAACAGUCCUUUCAGCGCGAGCCCUGCCCUUACCGCAUUCUCGACGACUGCGGUGCUGCCUUUGCCAUGGGCGCCAUCGGUGGCACCAUCUGGCAUGGCGUUCGCGGCUACCGCAACGCCCCCACUGGCCUCAAAUACCGCGAAAUGAUCAGCGCCGUCAAAUUAAGGGCACCCACCGUCGGUGGCAACUUUGCCAUUUGGGGUGCGCUCUUCUCCACCUUUGACUGCAGCUUUGUGGCUCUUCGUGGCAAGGAGGAUCCCUGGAAUGCCAUCUCUUCGGGCUUCUUCACCUCGGGUCUCCUCUCCAUCCGCUAUGGUCCCAAGACUGCCUUCAAGGCUGCUCUGGGUGGUGCCUUUAUCUUGUCGCUGAUCGAGGGUGUGGCCAUUGCCAUUAACCGAUUCCAAGCAGAUGCCGCCAAGCCCAAGCUUCCUGAGCUGGCAGAGAUGCCCGCCGAUCCCCUGGGCCCGCCUCCCUCGGCCAACGCGGCCUACUAA